AUUCCAUUCUCCCUUUCCUUAGUUUCUUUUCUUUUGUAUUAAAGUUUGAAUGAAAUCAUUGAUGGGGUGGUUUCUUAUUAUACUUUUACAUGUGAGUUUGCAUUUGUUACUCUUCCCUUUGUCAUCCUCCCAUUCCUCAUGCAAUCCAAAUGAUAGCUUUGCUUUGCUUCAAUUCAAAACAUCUUUUACCAUUGAUACUACUUACUAUGCUGAUGAUUGUCAACGUGUUUAUCCCAAGACAAAAACAUGGAAAAAUGGGACAGACUGCUGCUCAUGGCUUGGGGUCACGUGCCAUCCCACAUCCGGUCACGUGAUCGGACUCGAUCUCACCUGCAGUGGGCUUUCUGGUAAAAUCGAAGCAAACAGUAGCCUUUUCCGUCUUUCUCAUCUCCAAUCUCUCAAUCUUGCUUUCAAUGAUCUCUCUCAAUCUCCAUUGUCAUCUCUCUUUGGAGGGCUUACGAGUUUGACUCACCUCAACUUGUCUAAUUCUAACAUUGAAGGUGAAAUUCCUAUCCAAAUCUCACACCUUUCAAAAUUAUCCUCACUUGAUCUCUCUUUCAAUUAUGAUUUAAGAUGGAAAGAAAGGAGUUGGAAGAGGCUGCUCCAGAACGCAACACUUUUAAGGGACCUUGUUUUGGAUUAUACAGAUAUGUCUUCAACUUCAAUCAAACCAAUCAAUCUCGCUUCAUCUCUCAAUAUCUUGCAUCUUUCACGAUGUCAGUUCCAAGGAUCAAUUCCUCCCUCUUUCUCUAACCUCACCCAUAUUACUUCCUUGGAUCUCUCACGGAACGAACUCAGUGGUUCAAUCCCAUCCUCUUUCUCUAACCUCACCCAUCUUACUUCCUUGGAUCUCUCGUCCAACAAACUCAGUGGUUCAAUCCCAUCCUCUUUCUCUAACCUCACCCAUCUUACUUCCUUGGAUCUCUCGUCCAACAAACUCAGUUCAAUCCCAUCCUCUUUCUCUAACCUCACCCAUCUUACUUCCUUGGACCUCUCGUCCAACAAGCUCAGUUCAAUCCCAUCCUCUUUCUCUAACCUCACACGUCUCACUUCCUUGGAUCUCUCAUUCAACAAACUCAGUUCAAUCCCAUCCUCUUUCUCUAACCUCACCCGUCUCACUUCCUUGUAUCUCUCAUCCAACAACCUCGAUGGUUCAAUCCCAGAUAUGUUUGGUGGGCUAAUCAAUUUGGAAGCCGUCCGUCUCAAUGACAACAAAUUAGGAGGACAAAUCCCAUCUUCAUUGUUUGACUUAACUCAUCUUUCUCUUUUGGAUUGUUCUUAUAAUCAAUUAGAGGGCCCUCUGCCUACCAAAAUAACUGCCCUUUCCAACCUAACUGAUUUAAGCUUAAAUAACAACUUACUAAACGAGACAAUUCCCUCUUGGUGUUUGUCUUUGCCAUCUUUGGUGUCUUUAGAUCUAUCCACUAAUCACUUCACACACUUCAGAGUGCAUAUAACUGAUAUAAGUGCAAUCCCAUCAUCUUCCUUGCAGUAUCUAGAUUUGUCCAACAACAAGCUGCAUGGAAAUAUUCCACAAUCAAUUUUCAGCCUUGCAAACCUUAUUUACUUAGAUAUGUCGUCAAACAACUUGAAUGGUUCUGUCCACUUUUCACUCGGACUUCAAUAUCUGACAUAUCUUUCCCUUUCACAUAACGGUAAAUUAUCACUAAACUUCACAUUUGAUUCCAAUCACAGUUUUUCUAACCUAACAGAAAUGGACUUAUCUUCUAUAAGUUUAACUGAAUUUCCUAAUUUAUUUGGAAAAUUCCCAUGUUUGGGUUAUCUAGACAUGUCCAAUAACGGACUUGCUGGAAGAGUACCUAAUUGGUUACAUGAAAUGAGUUCAUUGUAUUAUUUGAACUUCUCUCAAAACCUGUUGACAUCAUUGGACCAAUUUCCGUUGAACUACCAGUUGAAAGGCCUUGAUCUUAGUUUCAACUUAUUGGCCGGUGACAUCUCUUCCUCAAUUUGCAAUGCAAGUUCACUUCGGAUUCUCAACUUGUCCCACAACACCUUAACAGGCACAAUUCCACAAUGCCUUGCAAAUUUAUCAUCACUGUCUGUUUUGGAUCUACAAAUGAACAAACUUUAUGGCAUUUUACCAAGUAACUUCUCAAAGAACAACGAGCUCACAACUCUGAAUCUUAAUGACAACCAAUUAGAAGGUCUUCUGCCAGAAUCGUUGUCCAAUUGCACAAAUCUAGAGGUCUUAAAUCUUGGCAACAAUCAAAUACAAGAUACAUUUCCCCAAUCGCUUCAAACUUUACCAAAUUUGAAAGUAUUGGUUUUGCGGGCCAAUAAGUUGCAUGGUCCCCUUGCCCUUUUAAAGACCAAACAUCCAUUUCCCAAUUUAAUUAUUUUUGAUAUCUCAUCCAACAACUUCAGUGGCCCCGUACCAAAAGCCUACAUAAAAAAUUUUAAAGCCAUGAAGAAUGUUUUUCCAAUGGAAAUGGGCUACAAUUUGCCAUACUUGGAGAAUAAUUCAAUGAAUCAAACAUACAUUGAUUCUGUGACUGUAACAACAAAAGCGAUCAGUAUGACGCUCUUGAAAAUUCCAAGAAACUUUGUAAACAUUGAUUUAUCGGAAAACAAAUUUGAAGGGGAGAUUUCAGAUGUUAUUGGAGAGCUUCAUGCACUCAAAGGGCUCAACCUUUCGCAUAACAGACUCAAUGGUUCUAUUCCCCAAUCCAUGGGAAAUUUGACAAACAUGGAAUCAUUGGAUCUCUCCUCCAAUAUGCUCACCGGCAGGAUUCCUACGGAAUUAAUCAAUUUGAACUUUCUUGAGGUCCUGAAUCUUUCUCAAAACCAUCUUGUUGGAGAGAUACCUCAAGGAAAACAGUUCAAUACUUUUUCAAAUGAUUCCUAUGAAGGAAAUUUGGGGUUAUGUGGACUCCCAUUGUCAAUAACAUGCAGCAACAAGCAUGAACAACAUUCUCCACCUUUAUCAGCCUUGCAGGAUGAACAAAAAUUUGGAUUUGGUUGGAAAGCAGUGGCUAUAGGAUAUGGAUGUGGAAUGGUAUUUGGGAUGGGCAUGGGGUGUUGCGUGCUCUUAAUAGGAAAGCCUGAAUGGCUUGUGAGGAUGGUUGGAGGUAGACCUAACAAAAGGGUGAAAAGGAUGAAUAAAUGGAUAUGUGAUGAGUGGAGAAUGUCUUGUUGCACACCUUCCCGUUCAACUUCACUUCUUCCAUCUUGGUAAACAAAACUUAAGGGCAAGAACCUUAUCACACUGCAUUUCAUGGGAGAUCUGAUUCAAAGUUUGUAAAAUGAAUGUGUUAUACUUUUGUUUUAGGAGGUAAUAGAGUAUGAUAUACUUUAUUUCCCUGGAAUUUUGUUUCAUUUAAUUCAUACAAUUGUUAGUGUUGGUAGUUAUUUAUUUUUAAAACAUUGUUUAUAUGUCGGUCAUUGCAAGAAUGUUUUGUUCACGAAUGCAUUUGUCUCAUUUUGUUUAAGUAUGUUAAUUCACAGGAUCAGCUUCAAAUAUAGUCUAUUCAAUUUUCUG